UGAUUUAGCAGAGUUUCUGAAUAGUCAAGAGGCCAAGCAGAGGAGUUUCCGUUAUCCAUUCAUCAAAAUCUUUCUCUCUCUCUAACCAAAAAUAAAAAUAAAAAAUAAAACUCUCUCUCUCUCUUUCAUCGGAAAAUUUAGGGUUUUUGAAAAUCUCUCUCUGUGUGUUUUUCGAAUCCGAAUCUGACUGUGUCAGCCAUGGUUUCAAACUCGAUCACCACAGCUUCGAUGUCUUCGGGUCCGAACACGAGGGAUUUGGGCAAGAAGAAGAGGGCAAACAGGUCCGCCAAAUUGAAGCAGUGCAAGCUUGACGCUCGUCGCGAACAAUGGCUAUCUCAAGGUACGGCGAAAAACAAAGGGUGUAAGGAGGAACAAAACGACGGCGUUCAGUCACGUAAAGGGGUGAACAGUUCGUUGAAGAAUUUAGAGAUGAGUUCUAGAGGUGAAGAAAUGGAAGGGUCGAUGUUGAUUCAUCAAUACAGCGAUUUGGACUCGCCGGCGAACAGUCCAACCAGUGUGACUAGUAGUGUCUUGGGGGGUAGUACUGGUUCGGGUACGAAUUUCACUGGGACUAGCAGUGGUAGCAGUAGAAGUAGUAGUAGUAGCAGUGGUGGGUAUUGCUCUGGGAAUAUUACAGAAGAUGAAGAAGGAGGUGAAGAAGGAGGAGGAGAUGAUGGGUGUUUGGAUGAUUGGGAAGCUGUGGCGGAUGCUUUAGUGGCAGAAAACAAAAACCCGUGUUCAGAAUCUUCUCCGGAGCGUGAAUCUGUUGCUGAAUUGGUUUCUUCUAGGGAAGCGAAUGAUGGGGUGGGAUUAGGAGGUGGUGAUUUGAAGCCCGAGUGUCCAAAAAUGGUUCUGAGGGGGGCUUGUGGGAACAGCCAAGCGUGGAGGCCGGAUGAUGCUUUUAGGCCUCGGAGUUUACCCAAUUUGUCUAAGCAGCAAAGCUUGCCUAAUCCAGAUCGGCAUUAUGGCGGAGGAGCAGGAGGGGUCACGUGGGGUUGUAACAAAGUGGUGUCUAUGCCAACUUCGUGUCCUAUAUGCUAUGAGGAUUUGGAUUUCACAGACUCGAGCUUUUUGCCUUGCUUGUGUGGGUUCCGGCUCUGCCUUUUCUGCCACAAGAGGAUUCUUGAGGAGGAUGGCCGCUGUCCUGGAUGCAGGAAGCCAUAUGAGACUGAUGCUGUUGAGGCAGAGACAAGUGUUCAUGGGGGCAACCUGACUUUCAGGUUGGCUCGUUCUUGUAGUAUGAUCGCAAGGUCUUAGGCGUGUCUCUGUUUUGGUCAAUUACUCAAUUUGAGAUGUAUGCUGGGUCUCUUUUUGCAUGUCUUGUGUGUGUUCUGUUUAGUUGAGACCUUUUUUUUUCUUAAAAGGUAGAUGUUGUCAUAGGGUUUUGAGCACCCAGGAAUUAAGCUGCUUCUCUUAAUGAGUUUGGCUCUUAUAUGUAUGGUGCAUUUGUUGAUAUAGAGGACUAUUUUGGUAUGUGAAUACAUAUGGUGGUAUAGAAAUUCAAUACAUAAAAGACGAUUACAACAUGAUUGUUCUCUUUUCUGCAUAUGCUUUCCUAUGAUUCCUUAAUUGUGUGGACUUUCCAUGUGUUAUUCCAUUAUUUUGCUCAAUUUUUCAUUUUAAUUUCUUUGCCUUUGUUGUCUGAGCAAUUUGUCACGUAGGAGGUGUCCUCUCUGUAUAUCAACUUGUGUCACAUGGUAAUAACACUUAUUGCUCUAUGAGGACAUGCUUGACUAAUGCAAGAAAGAGUUUAUAGCUAUGAAGCACGGGUGCGUUUCCGGACUCGGGUGUGGGUGCGGGACUUGGCAAUUUUUGAAAAAGUUGGGUGUGGGGUGUGGCGAUUAAAAAAUUAUUAAAAAUAUUUUUAUUUAUAUUUUUAAUAUAUUGCUAAGCAUACAUUUUUACAUUAUAUAAACAUAUACCAAAUUUAAGAACAAUAGUAGAUAAUAACUAAAAUAUGAUGUUCAUAAAUUAAAUACAGCCCACAAGUUUGAAACUAAAACAUUCCACGUGAAAGUAUAAUGAUUAAUGAGACUUGAGACUUGAGUUGACUCAGUUGAGUUGAGACUUGAGAGUGGGUCGCCGGGUUGGUGAGGUUGUGAGUGAGAUUGUGACGUGUGAGUGUGAGAGUGAGAUUGUGUGAGAGAGGGGUGACGGACUGACGGAGAGCAGAGGCUAGCGGCAGAGAGCCGUGGAGCACAGAGACCAGAGACAGAGAGUGAGAGAGAGAGCUGAAGAUGAGAAUGAGAGAAUGAAUCGGUGAGAAGUGAGAACUAAGAUAGAGAUAGGGUUUUGUUAUUUUUUCCCAAGCGGUGUGUUUUGCAACUCCUUUUUUUUUUUUUUUUUUUUUUGAAUUUCGGCCUGAAUUGGCCGGUUCGGUGUCGGUAUCAGUGGUUGAGGCCGAUACGGACCGAUUCGGCCUGAAUUGAUGUGAAUCAACUUGAUUCCGUGCGUGUCGGCCCGACUUUGUGCUGUGUUGGCGCGUAUCGCGCUGAGGAAAAAAAAAAAAAAGGGACACGGACUGACGCGCAGGCAGCGGUGUUGCCCACUGAACCCCGUGUCAGGCCGCGUCGGACAUGGGUUCGGCGGCCGAAAUGCCGCGUCGGUGCUUUCCAGGUUUAUAGAAGAGGUUUUGAUUUUACUUUCCUAGAUUAAUUCUUAUGGUUAUAAUUGUAAAUAAUUUAGCUCAACCCCCCUUCAGACUUCAUGGGAUAUCACCUAUAUAUGGAUACUAUACAGUUCUCAAACUUAGUUUCUUAGUAAUUGCAUCGCUGUUUGAGGUUUUUGAAUAGAAUGUCAUGUCUAAUUAUGACUUAUCAAAAAGGAAAUCACUUAAAUAUGGACUCUUGCUCUCUUUAUCUAUCUUAUCAUUUGCUAUGAUAAGUCAUGCUAGUAGUGUAGUCACUUAUUUAAGAAUCCUGUGAGAGGAUCUUUGGCUGACGUUAUUUCAAAGUUUUUGGUUUGAGUGGUUUUCGUUUCUCAUGAUUAAUAUCUUUUUGAGUAAUAUUAAUUUAAAUUUUAAAUUUUCUACUUUGCUUGUACUUUUGGUUUACCUGUCCUCCCCUGAAUUCAAGGUACUUGUAGUUUUGAUACUCAGUCAAUUGGAGUUCAAUUCCCUCUUCAUUCGCACUUUGCUUUCCAUCACCAUAUCAUGGUUUGGAUUGGUCUACGAGCAAUUUUACCAGGAAAACAUUAUUAAGGGAUUAAGGCAAGCGUAACAUCUAGCGUUUGAACAAAGUAGAGAUGGCCGUCAUAUCCUCAUCUCCCCCUAUAGAUGGGAACAGCUUUUGUGAUUAUAUGUUAUCUGCCCCCAUCUGAAGAAAAUCUUUGUUAUGAGCACCCAUAUAUUUAUUUGUUUAUUCAUUUAAAUGACUGACUAAAUUUUAGCUCUGUAUUUUUGUGGUUGUAAUUUCCUUGGUGUCCAUGGUAUUUGGUGAGUUGAUGGAGCAUCAGAAGGCUGGUAAUGCAGUUAUUGCAAAAACUUUUUGGGUACUGCAGCGUUUAUGCUUGUAUUGUAAGAGGUAUGUGCUUAUAUGUCUUUCAGUUUAUGAUAUUCUUCGGAGCAAUAUACAGAACUUUGAUCAUCUUGGUGAAAGGAAAAAGGCAUAAGCUUUGAUGGAAGUCCACUGUUCACAUUAUCAUUACAAAUUCAUUACUAUUCUAAUAUUUAUAUGAUGUCCUUUAUAUUUUUAUAGAUAACAAAUUUAGCAGUUAAAAAUUUAUAUGUUAACAUCUUGUGCGUACUCGUCCAUAGCUGUCUGAAUACAUACGAAAUAAAAGAUCCCAACAUAGCCUGUCUGUAACAUUAUCUGUUUAGCACUUGCUGUUUUGCAGUCUUAGGUCAGGUGUUCCAUUCAUGGGAAUCAAGAAUCCGACAAGGGAAAAAGUUUUAUGAUUAUCUUCUUCCAUUUAGACUGAUUUUUUUUUUCAUUGAAUUAUGUCACUGAUGACUUUAGGACAUUUAGUUUUCCUUGAUCUAUGUUGGAGACUGGAGCUAGACAAGUUUCCCGCUGUUAUAUAAUCAGUUUUUUCUA